CGAACCGGUCGUAGACUGACCCUGCCUGUAUUCUUCAUUGUACACUCUUUCAUAAACGAUGAAACUACUGGCGUUUGCCAUUGCUUUAGUAGUGGCAUCAUGUGAAGCUGCUACUCCACAGCUACGAUUUGCUUGGAAAGAAGUAGAUUACGAAUGGAACACACCGGCUGAACGUGAGAAUGCCAUCAAAAGUGGUGACUUUGUACCAGCGAAUAAUUUGCCUUUGGGCUUAGGGCGAUGGAAAAACAAAUUGUUUGUAACGGUGCCCAAGUGGAAGAAUGGUGUCGCUUCUUCGUUGAAUUAUGUUGAUUUGAAUGGUACCUCAGAUCAACUUCUAAAGCCGUAUCCAUCGCUAAAAGACAACUUCAUUCCGGAUUCAGCAAAGGAUUUGCCAUCAAAUAAAACUAUUAUUUCAGUGUUUAGAAUUUACAUUGACCCUUGUGACAGACUUUGGGUUAUGGAUACUGGUCUUGCUGAUAUUUGGGGUGCAGGAAAUCAAAUUGUCAGACCAUCUAUCGUGAUAUUCGAUUUGAAAACUGAUCAACUGCUUCAUAGAUACUUCUUUAAGCUAGAGGACAUGAAAGAGGAUUCAUUCUUUGCUAAUAUCGUCGUCGAUGUCGAUCAAAACACUUGUGAUGACGCGUUUGCGUAUAUCCCGGAUCUAGGGGGCUAUGGUGUGGUAGUGUACAGUUUAAAACAAAACGACUCUUGGAGAGUGGCUCAUCAUUUCUUCCACUUCGAACCGCUGGCUGGGUCGUAUCGUGUGGGCGGCGUGGAAUUCCACUGGACUGAUGGAGUAUUUGCAUUAGCGCUAUCUGAACCUCGAGAGAACGGAUUCCGAACAAUGUUCUUCCAUGCAUUCUCAAGCACCAAAGAGUUUUGCGUUUCUACGGAGCUUCUACGCAAUUACACACAUAUUGACAAACAAGAAGCGUUCCACGAUUUCAAGCUUCUUGGAGACAGAGGACAAGGAACGCAGGCCUCGGCCAGUUUUUAUGAUCCCAAUACUCAAGUGUUGUUCUAUGGCCAGGUAAACCGGGAUGGGGUGGGAUGCUGGAAUUCUAAUAAACCUUACACUCCUGAGAACAACGUACUGAUAUUCAGUGAUCCCAAACUUUACGAAUUUCCAAACGACUUAAAGAUUGAUGACGAAGGCUUAAUGUGGAUCCUGGUCGACAAACUCCCACGGUUCCUGUACAAGACCCUCGAUCCCAAUGAAGUGAACUAUAGCAUUUACAGUAUUAGUGCAAAAGAUGCAAUUGCAGGAACAGCAUGCGAAUAAAUACUGUAUACAUACAUAUUAGUUUUGUAUAAUACUUAUUAGUUUCGUUCAGUUUUUAUUUAAAACUAACAGUAAUCCGACACAUACGUUGGUGAUUUGUGUUUUUUUUUAGAUCUGUUCUCAAGUUUGGUAACUAACAUAGAUGGUAAAUUCCUUAAUGUCCUCGUACAGAAUUAAUAAAAUCUCAAAUGGCCGUUUGGAGCAAUUUAGCAACAAAAAUGAAAACCACUUAAAAUUGUAAACUUCCAAUUAACUUUGUUCAAUUUUCGUUUGAUUGUAUUUUUAGAGAGUAGUAGUAAAUUAUUAUGAGUUAUAGAUUUUUUAUGGCAAAAAUAACUGUAAUCUUUUUCCAUUUUGAUUAUUUUUUACUUACUGUGUUGGUUUGAGGUUUGUUAGUAGCUGUCAAGAUUGUCAUUAUUUUGAUUAUUUUUUUGUAAAAUUGUAAAGUCUAGUUGCUUUAACCAGUGAGUGGAAGGAAAUUGUUUUAUUGUUAUAAUUAUCGUAAAAUUUGUCUCAAUUAUUGUAAAUAUAUAAAAUAAUUGUUUUCAUCGUGAACUUUCUAUAUAUUAUUAGAAUUAGAAUAGUAAGAGACUUAUUAAGCACUUCACGUCUUAAGUAUAAAAAAAUGGUACAU